GUGAAUGUGAAUGUUAUGUAUUAUGUAUUUCUUCCGAAUUUUUUUCAAAUAUCUAUGCGUUUAUAAAAUAAUAUAGGUUAAUAUUGUCAACGUGAAAAUGGCAAUUUGUUUGCGCACAUUUUCGCAUAAGAUUCUGCCAAUCAACGGAAUAGUUACUACGAAAAAUCAUUCCAAUCGACUCGCCCGGAAAAUUCCAGUGCGGACACAAUUUCUAGAAGACUUUCUCAGACGCCGCAUUUCCAGCUGCCAGGUCGCACCGAAAUGCUCAACGGAGGCGAAUAUAGACGAUGUUUACAUUCAGGAAGUUGUUUUCGGCAACUAUCACCUGAAUCGAAACUUUAACGAAAAAAAACGCAAUAACCUAACCUUUAUAGACAACAUAGAUUUAGAUCACACUAAGGAACUCGCAAAUAAUGAGAACCUACAAAGUUAUUUCAAUUACUGUACUGAUGGCAUGAAGGUGCUAGGUCUGACCAGUGAUGAUUAUAUAGAACAGAAGAGUUCAUAUAAUUUGAACAUAAUGCCAUCUAUUAGUAUGAAUGAUGUAGAUUUUUCUAAAUGCAAUGAGGACAUAGAACCUACAUGUCUGUCAGACUUUGAGCGUGAUGCGGUGGCAUACUGCAAAGGGCCCACAGUGGUGGCACAGACCUCCCAGCCAACCACAAAUCCAAGCCAGGACGGAAAGCCUAGUGAGGAACAGCUUAUGAAGGUGUUUCAUACACUGUCUACUACUAUGCCUAACUUGUUUGUGAAACCAUUAGACUACUCUAUCUAUCAUCCUAACUUGGUUUUUGUCAACAAUAUUAGAGGUGCCACUACUGUGGGUCUGUUCCACUAUGUAAGGCAAGUUGCACUCUUGCGCACAGUAGCUCAUAUCAAAUUUGCCUAUGUCAACUUUGAGGUUUUGAAAAUCACAGCCCAUCCAGAAGACUCGUCCAUCAAGAUGAGAUGGCGAAUCAGGGGAAUCUCGGGCCUUAAGGUGUUCUUUAUGUUUUGGAAGUACAAACUGUGGAAUUUGAAACAGGUGUUUAAAGAUCAAGAAUUAUGGUAUGAUGGGUUUUCCACAUUUUAUAUUGGUUCAGAUGGUCUCAUUCACAAACAUGUAGCCGACAAGGUAAUGCCAGAUCAAGAUAGGAUAAUAGAUGAUGAAGAAAAGGCACCGAUUGCAGCAAAAAUAGCACUCUUGAUUGGUCUCCUGCCGCGCAACUACUUAUCCGAUGCGUCUCCAUACUUUACAUCAUCGCCUGGUAGUAAUGAUUGUACCCAGUUCCCUUUUAAAGUUUUAGAAUAAAAUCAAGUUGCCAUCUACUAUAGAGUUUUGUGUAUAGACAAGAGUAUGUUUCACAAGUUAAGGAAAAUAAAGGAUUACGUUCUUGCGAGCAAACGUGUUCAUAAUAGUGUAUCAUUGUUUUUUUUUUUUUCAAUUGGCUUAUGUAGUUUAUCAUUGUAUGGGACAUGCACUGAACACAACUUUGCAUCAGCAUUGAGGUAAAUGCAUACGUUUUUUUUUACUUUUUGGCGGUCCAAUUCGUGUUCAAUAUUUUCCUUUAGUCUAUCCGUAGUACGUGUAUGUGACUGAUUUGGAACAGGGAGACUGAAGAUAGAAUAAAAAAAGAGUUAGAAGAACAUAAGGCAUGUUGUCAAAUUUUUGUUUAUCCUUUCUUUUAUUUAUUAUAAUUUUUUUAAUUGGCUCUGCGUAAUAUAACAAAUAUCAAUCAUUAAAAUUCGGUGUAUUUGGAUGUUUUACAAUAGUCUUCCCCUUCUCCCCCUAACAUUUUGUCCACAUAUCACUUCAAGAUGAUUCAUCUCUGAUGUCUAUGAGUUUGUGAUAUUACGCUAUUGUAGUUUAAUACUGCUGAAGAAACUGGGAAAAGUUAAUGUACUACUAUUGUAAUAGUUUAUACAACUGUACAGUGACUUACAAACAACUUGAGCAAAAGCGGCGUAUGGGGAAAUGUUGGCUCACAACGGAAAGCAAAGGGCGACUAAUAAACCAAACGCGUACUCCCGCGCGCGUGGUAAAAAUCGCGUCCUCUUCGAUCCGCAAUAGCAAACUAAAAAUCGAUACCUACUGUGUAUUUGGCAUUUGCUCAAGUUGUUUUGUGGUGACUUUAAUGGUUUUUAUGUUAAAUGUUAAUUAAUGAAAUUAUUUUUGUAGUUGUUACUCACGUUACUAUGCAGUAUUGGUAUUUUGGUCACUAAAUGAAACACUUUUUACGUAACUACUUGUUAUUUUCUUACAGUUUUAACUGUAAACUAGUGAUAUUUAUUAUUUCAGCUUGUGUAGAUAGAAAAGUAUUUGAAUAAAUAAUAAUAAAAUGUUA